UUCCUCACCCAGCAACGCGCAUUUCCUUCCCCCCGCGCGCCGGACCGGGCUGCUCCGCGCAUGCGCCAGUUGGGCCCUGCGCAUGCGCGCCUGGUACGUGUGAAAACGCCGGGCAGCCAGAGCACCCGGCAACCUGGAGGCGGUGGCGUGCCGCGGUCUAGCCCGGCGAGGAGCGGAGCGACGAGACGAGACGUAGAGGAACUGGCCCUGGACCACGCGCAGAGUCGCCCAGCAGCGCACAGUGUCUGGUCAGCUACAUUGUAGAAGAAUGCAGUCCUUAAAGAAUAAAAAUGUAGAUACGCCAGACCCAUUUUAUAGGCUUUCUGUGCCUAGGCAGAAGACCAGCGCUGAGAUUAUAAAUGAAGCGAGAAAUGCGCUAAGAACUUUAAGAACUCAAAGGCCACUUACACCUCAAGAGUGUCAAAGGAAACUUUUUGGAUCUACAUCUUCACGAACUCCUGAUGAGAGACCACCUUCUGCUUUUAGUCUCCAUGCUUCCAGUUUUGAAUCUAGUGAAUCAAGACCAAUUUCUGGUGCACGUCUCAGCCCACUGGACCAUAAGCCGAAGCUGUUUUCAUCACCCACAAAAGAUCAGCAUUCUUCCAUUCCCUUUCCAAAACCACCUGUAGACCCUCUGGAGGUUAGAAAAGUCGGCAGUGCCCGGGCACGCUUGUUUAGAACGACUUCUUGGGGAAGUCUGCCUGAUGAGAAUAAAGAGAGGCUGAAUUCUGAAGACCCAGCUAUGACAGAUGAUCUUUCAAAGAGAAGUAAUGAAAAUUGUUUAGCAGAAUUGAGUACACACUCUCAUAUUAAGGAUGAUGGUAUUCUGCUAAUGUAUAAAGAAUAUAGUGUGUCAGAGAAGCAAGAUUUCUUAAAAGGAUCAGCAGCAGAACUUCCAUUGCAGCUAAGUGGGAGUAAUCAGAUUAAAAAAUAUGGCAGGGCUGCAUCGUGUCCAAGCAACACUGACUGGGGUAAAUCAGGAAACCAAGAAGGUUUGAAGGAUGACUCAAAAGUAAAUGAAUCGGAAGAGGAAGAAAACUAUUGGAAUGUAAAGAUUUUACCAAUUUUAUGUGAAUUAGAGAGUGAAGACAAUAUAGAAAAGCUCUGCCUUGCCUGUACCAGUCUCUAUCAAGCCUUGGAAGAAGGACAUAUGCUAGGAAAGAGAUUUAAAAGAAGAACUGUGCUUCUGAAGACAUUAUAUAAGCUGGUUGACAUUGGUUCAGACCCACUGUGCCUGAAAUUGGCAAAAAUUAUUCUGGCUAUGAAAGUGAGUGGAAAGAAUAUGCUUAGUGUGUGCAAACUUGCAUUUAAAAUUUGCAGAAAUGAAAAAAAUGAUUUUCUUAUCCAAAAUGACAAACUAUUGGAUUAUUUGUUGGAGGUCCUGAGAAUUGAAGAUUUACAAGCAAAUAAUGAAGCUCUUCUUUAUUGUAUGGGGGCUAUAAAAUUCAUUUCUGGAAAUGCGGCUCUUCUUAAUGAAAUGGCCAACAAAGGAGCUGUGGAAAUACUGCUGCAGUUAGUGAAGCAGAUUAAUAACAUUAGAGAAAAUGACACACACUUCUCCAGCUUGGGUCAUCUCUUAGUCCAGCUGACAGCUACUUUACGGAACUUGGCUGACUUACGUCAGUCAAGAUGCCAGCUCCUGUGCAGUGAUGCCAUUUCAGAGCUCUGUGAAGUCUUGGAGCAGCGUAUAAGUGAUAAAGAUGUGUGUACCAAUAUCGCCAGGAUAUUUAGCAAACUUUCUUCCUACAAUGACUGCUGUGCAGCUUUAGCAGAUUGCUCCAGAUGUUAUAUCUUAUUUUUAGUCCUCCUAAACAAACACCAAAAGAAGCAGGAUUUGGUUGUUCGUAUUGUCUUCAUUCUUGGUAAUUUAACAGCAAAGAAUAACCAGGCCCGUGAGCAAUUUUUUAAAGAGAAAGGGAGUGUUAGCAUCCUGACAUCAUUAUUCCAAAUCUACAGUGAAUUUGAUUUAAAUGAAAAAAAAAGGAAGCAUGAAGCAGGAGAAGAAAAGAAAACCCAAAAGCAUCCUUCGGAAGCAGAAGAUGUCCUUAUAAAACUGAUAAGAGUGCUUGCUAAUCUCUCCGUUCAUCCCAGUAUAGGAGCAGCUCUGGCAGCUAAUCACUACAUUGUGGCACUACUCAUUAUGGUACUAGAAUACAAGUCAAUUGAUGACUGUGAGGAGCUGGUCAUCAAUGCAACAGCAACACUUAAUAGCCUAUCGUACUACCAAGUGAGGAAUUCUGCAGUUCAAGACAAGAAACUACACAUUGCUGAGCUGCUUUUAAAACUGCUAAUGAGCAGCAAUAUGGAUGGAAUUCUGGAGGCUGUGAGAGUCUUUGGCAAUCUUUCCCAGUACCAUGAAAUCAGUGACUUCCUUGUGAAGAGAAAGAUCUACAAGUUCAUGAUUGCUUUGCUCGAUGCCAAACAUCAAGAUGUAUGCUUUUCCGCCUGUGGAGUUCUGCUCAACCUUACUGUGGAUAAGAACAAACGAGCCAUACUGAAGGAAGAAGGAGGAAUUAGAAAGUUAAUAGAUUGCUUAAGAGACUUUGGGCCUACAGACUGGCAGCUGGCUUGCUUGAUAUGCAAAACCCUGUGGAACUAUAGUGAAAACAUCACAAAUGCUGUCUCCUGCUUUGGGGAAGAAGAUAUCAACACACUGCUUAUGCUACUUGAUUCUCUUUUAGAUGAAGAAGUAGCACUGGAUUACAAUUUCGACAAAGAUUUAAGAGACUACCACAAAAUGUAUUGGGAGACAGAGUUCAAACCUGUGGCAGAGAAACUACUCAGUAGACUUCAGAGACAACUCUGCUUCUUUCAGCCUAUCACCGUGACUUCAUUUUAAUCCAGAAGUUAGAGGAGUUAGCAGUACAAACCCUAGAAUACUUCAGUCAUUUAAAAUAGUAAGUAAAUGCAAACAGUGAUUGUUAGCAAUAUGUGAGAAACCACUCUAAAUGCUGACUGGUUAUUUUUUCCAUGUAGAUUAUACAGUUAAAUAUUUCCAGUGCAACCUGUACAUUAAUAAGCAUGUUGGAUAUUAUGGAGAAAGAUGAAUAAAAUUCAUUUUAAUCUGA